CUUUCUCUCCAUUACUCUCUUUCCCUUUUAAUUAGAACAUAGAGACCACCACCACCACCACCACCAUCAUCCAGUACCAUCCACCAUGAAAUCAUCUCAAUCUCCAUCAUCACUCCUCCAUCUUCUCCUUCUUCUCUUCCUAAUCUUCUCCAUAUCCACCAUUAAUGCCAUCAAACACCCAUCAUCAUCAUCAUCAUCAUCAUCAUCAUCAUCAUCAUGCAAAGACACAGAGUUCAUCCGCAAGUCAUGCAGCACCACACGUUACCCAGAUCUCUGCAUGCAAUGCCUCUCCACCUUCGCCUCCACCGUCCACCACAGCCACCGCCAGCUAGCUAACGCCGCUCUCUCCGUCAGCUCCGACCGUGCCCACGCCGUCUCCUCCUUCAUCUCCUCCACCAACCUUCCUUCCCACCAAUCCGGCGCCAUUAAAGACUGCAUUGAAACCCUAGCCGACAGUGUUGACAGGCUACGUAGCUCUAUGAAAGAGAUGAGCCAUAUGGGCCGAGCUGGAAGCCAAGCCUUUAGCUGGCACCUUAGUAACGUUCAGACUUGGGUUAGUGCUGCUCUCACUGAUGAGAACACUUGUCUUGAUGAAUUGCCUCGCCGAGCCGCCGCCGAUGAAGCCGGCUUUCGAGCCGCUGUUAGGAAGAAGGUUGUUGAAGUGGCUCAAGUCACUAGUAAUGCUCUCGCUCUUGUUAAUAGGAUUUAGACUUAGAUUAUUAUUAUUAUUAUUAUUAUUAUUAUUAUUAUUAUUAUUAUUAUUAUUAUUAUUAUUAGAAUGAGAUUAUGAUGUUGUUUUGUUGUUUGUGAGGGUGUUUGUGUUGUUAAUCAUGGAAUGAGAUUAUGAGACGUAUGGAUGAUGUAUAUUCGGGACAAGGUUUUAGCAAAGUUGAUCAGUUGUUGUUGUUUGUUGUUUUUU